AUGUUUGUACAAGAUUUUAUUUAUCGAAAUAUUUUUCAAUUAACAAAUUUGGAUACUGACCAUUCUUAUCAAAGUCGUUGUUGUACGAAGACGUCUGCUGAAUGUUGUUCAAUCAUUGACACCAAUCAUUCAAACUUAUUAUCGGAUGCAUAUAAACCAAAAAUUAUCAAUGAUUUACUUCCAGAUAAGCAUUCAUCUACUAUAACAACAAUAUCACCUUCGGUUAAUACUACAUCUUCCAGUUUACUAGAAAACUUAUCCGAACGUCGACAUUAUCAUGCAUGUACAAAAUGUUUGUAUAAAACGAAUCGUUUAAAUAAUUUAAAACGACACAUAUCUACAAUGCAUCAGACACUAAAUCGGCCAUUAGAUUGUUGUGGACAACAAUUUGAAAAUAAAGCUUUAUUACGUGAACAUAUUACAAAUAAUCAUCGUCGCGGUUAUUCAUGUCUAAUUUGUUUUAAAUCAUUUUGCAGAAAAGCAUUAUUAAAACGACAUCAAACCGUGCAUACAGGUGAAAAAGAAUUUACUUGCAAUAUGUGCAAUUAUGCCACAAGUCAUAGGGGAAAUCUCGAUCGACACUCAAGAGUUCAUCUAAAACGUGUAUUAUGA